AUGCGGGACCGCUUCAGAGAGCUGCAGGCCCUCGCGCUGCAGCUGCAUCCAGAAGCAGCAGCACAAAUGCAUCAAGGGGGGGCCCCCAAUGGGGGCCCCCGUGCUGACGCAGCAGCAGAUUUAGAAGGGGGGCCCCCAGGGGGGCCCCCGGGGGGCCCCCAGGGGGGCCUCCAGGGGGGCCCCCAAGAAGGGUUUUUGUGUGAGUACUUUAAAAAGGUACAAGUACUUUCUGCAGCUCUUGCUGAAAUAGGAGAGAAGACAGAACAGAUCCAAACCCUAAAAGCGAAGUUGGUGGAAGCUACAAACCCUGAUGAAGAGAAAGACGUGUCUCACGAGCUGCACAAGGUGAUGGCGGCGGCGAUGACUCUGAUGCAGAAGAGCAAGAGGGCCAUCGAGGGUUUAGGGUUGGAAAACACUAAAUUAGCGGAUAGUCAAAAAGGGUUUUUAAACUGCGCCAGCGAAUUAAGAAUUCGCAAAAACCUGCAGCAAACCCUUGCUGCUCAGCUGCAGCAGCAGCUGCAGCUGCUGCAGCUGCGGCAGGCCGAGUACAGGCUGCAGGUUCGCAAGAAGGCCGUUCGACAAGUCAAACUAGGUCCCAAACCCUAA